GCGUGAUGUCCGUGGACUACGCAUCUGGGCUGUCGGAGUACGAGAAUAAAGGUGUAUGCGGCCUCCCGGAGGAGUUCGACUCUCCAGAUAAGCUAACGGAGAAGGUACGGGUUCUCGCAGAGCUACUGUCGACUGCAAAGCACGUGGUGGUCCACACUGGAGCCGGUAUUAGCACUGCUGCAGGAAUCCCUGAUUUCCGAGGUCCACGUGGAGUGUGGACGUUGGAGAAACAGGGGAAGAAGGUCGAAGCCACCACGAGAUUUGAAGAUGCCACGCCCACUCUCACACACAAGGCACUCGUUAGGCUUGUGGAGAGGGGUGUGGUCAAAUGCAUUGUCAGUCAAAAUGUCGACGGACUCCAUCUGAAGUCUGGUUUACCCAGGGAUCAUCUGGCAGAGCUGCAUGGAAACGUAUUCAUGGAGAAGUGUGAUAAGUGCAAAAGGGAGUAUGUGCGGGAGAGGGUGGUUCCAACAAUGGGGCUGAAAUUGACGGGGGGUCGGUGUGUGGGGGGCGGGGCCAGGGGGCGUUGUCGGGGGAGACUGAGGGACACGGUGCUGGACUGGGAGGACGAGCUACCAGUGGAAGAGACAGAGAGAGCCGAACGCCACGCCAGUACAGGUGUGCGGACCUCUCCCUGUGUCUAGGAACCACCCUACAGAUCCUGCCUGCUGGGAAGCUCCCUCUCCUGGCCAAGAAGAACGGAGGGAGUGUAGUCAUCUGUAACCUACAGCCCACAAAAUAUGACAAGAAGGCUGAUCUCAUAAUCCACGGCUAUGUGGACGACGUCAUGACGAGGGUAAUGGACGGGCUAGGAAUUCCCAUUCCCAGUCCAGAUUGUCCCGAUUCCAGACGAGAAAAAUCACAUGAAUUUACAACAGCCAAAAAAACGAAAUUGGGAAAACACACGAGACAGCAGAGUUCCGAAGAUGUCACAUGACUAAAACUCGAGGGGAAUUACGUACACGCCGAGGAUGGUAGCAAGAACAAUGACAAUGACAUAGUUUUUCAUGACUUGAUAGGUGUUGUAGAUUCCUACCCGGACGUUUUGUGACCUGCAGAAUGUCACAAAAUCUCUUUUACGUUUUAUACUAUGCAGAUAUGGCACUAUACUUACUGAGUUUUUGCUGUUAAAAAUCCACUGAAUGCACUUUCCUGUUAUAAGACACGCAUGUAAAAAGUAUAUUCAUGUUGAUGUUACAAGUUUAUCUUACUUCA